UUCAAACUUCAACCAACAUUUUCAAACAGAAAAUUGUUAUAUUUGAUAUUCGUGGUACAAAUAACUUAAUGGAAAUCUAGGCUCUGUACUAAUAAACAAAAUUGUUAAUUACCAUACCCUAACUUAUUUACGUUGAAAAUGCAGCAGGAUUAUUUACUCUCUUUUCAUGAAGGUGAUAUUGUUCACAUCCUCCAAGAUGAAAAUAUUUUAAAUCAUUAUGCUAUUAACAUCAAUUUUAUAGUGUUACAUGAACACCGACCGGAAUUAGCAGUAGAGCUACUCAGAAAACCAGACAAAUGUUUGGAGGCAUGGGAUCAAGCUGCAUUAAAAGUACAGUUGAAACUCUUGAAAAAAAACGAUGACAAAUUUAACUUAAAAAAGAAUGUUCACUGUCGCAUUUACCACAUGCCUGGCCUACCAGAUGUGUGCAGAGUAUUUUUUCCCGAUAAUCAAGAUGCAGGAAAAUUCGUACAAGUUUGUGGUACUGUGAUGAGUAUCACACCUAUAAAACUUCUGCAGUACAAAAGAAGCUACAUCUGUGUUAAAUGUAAAUACCCCACAUUAGCAACUGCGGAAUAUGAAAGAAAGUACAUUAUAAAACAACCGAAAAAAUGUGGUAACCCCGAAACUUGUCUUGGUACAAACUUUGUACAAGUUGGUGAUUUAGACAGCGGAUACUGUAAAGACUUCCAACAAAUUAAAAUACAAGAACAAAUUAAAAAACUCGGUGUCGGCUCUAUGCCGAACACUAUGUGGGUCACUUUAGAAGAUGAUUUGGUAGACAGCUGUAAACCUGGUGAUGAUGUUACCAUUUGCGGAAUCGUGAAAAGAAGGUGGGGUGAAUUUUCCAAAGGAUGUAAAAUUGACAUUGAUAUUGUUUUAAAAGCCAAUAAUGUCCAGGUUGAUAGUAAUUCAAAUUCAACGAUGCCUGUAGCGGAACUCCAGGAAAUGUUCUGUACCUUUUGGAACAAGUCUUCAGAAAAUCCUUUGGCUGGGAGAGAUUUAAUUUUGAAAUCAUUCUGUCCAGAGAUAUACGGGCUGUAUUUGGUGAAAUUAGCCGUAGCAGUAGUUUUGGCAGGCGGUUGUCGAACAGAAGAUACUAUGUUUACCGGUGUACACACUAGAUCUGAAUCACAUCUAUUACUUGUAGGUGAUCCCGGGACUGGUAAAUCCCAACUGCUCCGCUUUGUCGCAAAAAUUAUUCCCCGGUCGGUUCUAACAACAGGCGUUGGUUCUACUGCUGCUGGUUUAACAGUUGCAGCCGUUAUGGAACAUGGUGAAUGGCAAUUGGAAGGUGGAGCCCUGGUAAUGGCAGACGGUGGGGUUUGUUGCAUAGACGAGUUUAACUCGAUGAAGGAACACGAUCGUGCCAGCAUACACGAGGCUAUGGAGCAGCAAACCAUUAGCGUGGCAAAGGCUAGUAUUGUUUGUAAACUGAACACCAGAUGUUCAAUCCUGGCGGCAUGCAAUCCGAAAGGAAACUUAGACCCGUCUAACCCUUUAUGCAUGAAUAUCGCUCUACCCAGCCCUUUAUUGAGUCGUUUCGAUUUAAUUUUGCUCCUCCGAGACACCGUCAAUGAGGAAUGGGACAGUUGUAUUGCGGAUUAUAUUUUAAAUGGAAAAAAUAGUUAUUCUAAACUGACCGAUAAAAAAUUGUGGACUGUCGAUAUGUUACAGUCUUAUUUUAAUACGAUUAGAAAAAUCAAUCCCAAACUUACCGAGAACGCAGAAAUGAUUUUAAGCCGAUAUUAUGAAAUGCAGAGAAAAUUGGACAAUAGAAAUAAGGCCAGAACGACCAUCAGACUUCUCGAGAGUUUAAUAAGGAUAUCCCAAGGCCAUGCUAGGUUAAUGUUUCACAGCGAAGUUGAAGUCAUCGACACUAUUUAUGCAGUGGUUCUCGUUGACACUGCAAUGGACGUUUCCUCCAUUUUGAAUUUAAAUAUAAGCACUCGUAGUACGUUUCCGGACUGUCCAAUGAGCGAUUACUGCGGCCUAUUAGAAAAUGUCCUUAAUAAAUUAGAUUUACACGAUAUUUUUGAAAAGGAAAUUGUCUCGUUGAGGAAACACAAAAUGGGAGUGUCCGAAAAUUGUAUGUCGAGAUUUUUCCAAAAUUCGGAUCGAAAUGAGAAUAGAGUUACCACAUCUGUGUCACCACCACAAAAUCUGUGUGGAUCUGGAGAUAAUCAUGAAAAAAAGAGAACAAUUGUUGAAAAUAGUGCUUCGCAAUCUACCGAGGAUGUUAAAAAAAUGGAAGAAAACGAAGAACUCGAUGUUAAUGUAAAUAAAAAUUGUAAUAUAAUCGACUCCAAGUCGCAAGAAGAAAAUAAAGAGUGUGGUGUGGAAGAUUCAAAAGUGACAAAACCCUCAUCCGAGAGUGACGUCUGUAAGAAAGACUUACAAAGUAACGGCAGUCCAGAAGAGUCAACGACGAGCAAUAAAAUUAGGGGUUGUGACGAGAAAAAUAAAAUUUGCGGUGAAGAAAAAAUGAAAGGAAAUAUUAAAGAGGACAGUUUAACUGAAAGUAAAGACCAAGAGAAGUUACGUAAGAAUAAUUUUCUAAAGGACGAUCUAAGUAUGUUAAUGUUAAUGCCAACAUUUAACGAUGAUUUAGAUUUAGAUAUUUGAUUUAAACGAUUUCGUUUAAGAAAUUUUUCUUAAUGUACAUGUAAAACGGAUACGUGCGAUUUAAUUUUUAUAAGCAGUUAUA